AUGAAAGCAUCAAAUCAAGAUAUUCCAGAUUGGUUUGAAAAGAUGGUACAUAACCUUCGUAUGUCUAAUGGUCCAUCAAAUUCAAAAUCAAAAAGUCUAUUCAACAAUAGUCAUCACAAUGGAGAUGAUAACCGUGGUGGUUAUGGUGGAUUUUUAUUUGAGGGCCAACAAGGUCCCUAA